AUGGCGGCGGCGGCCACCGAUCCUUCUCGUCGCCUUCCUCUAGGGCCGCGGAUCCCUCCGCGCCCAAGCCCCUCCCGUCUCAGCCGGAUUUAUUUUCUGCCUAGUGUCACUAGGCAUCUGCUGAGAGAUUUGGAACAGAAGAAGGUGGCCACUCCGAACCAGACCUACUGUAAAGAGUUACCAGCAGCCCUGGAGGAGGCCAAGAUCUCUAGUGCUCCUGGGAGCCCAGAAACACCCCCUGAGCCUCAUGAGCCUGGUGGUUCCCUGCCCCCGACACCCCGGAUGGAGAGUAGCCCCUCAGAGGAGGAAGAUCCUAUGGGGGCUGGUGGAGGCCUGGGCUGGAAGAGUAGGGGUCUCCGGACCCAGAGCCCAAGGGGCUACUCAGUGGAGUCCGCACUGGGCCGGAAGAAGCACCGCCGGCGGCCUUCAAAGCGCAAGCGGCAUUGGCGACCCUACCUAGAGCUGAGCUGGGCUGAGAAGCAACAGCGGGAUGAGAGGCAGAGCCAGAGGGCCUCCCAGGUCCGCGAGGAGAUGUUUGCCAAGGGCCAGCCCGUGGCGCCUUACAACACCACCCAGUUCCUGAUGAAUGACCGAGACUCUGCGGAUCCCGACCUGGAUGUGCCUCGUGGGGCCUCCCACCCAGGCCCCAGUGGGGAGAAUGAGGCUGGGGACGGUGACAGGCGGGGCCAAGCUCAUGGUGAGUUCCAGCAGAGGGAUUUCUCUGAGGCCUAUGAGCGCUACCACACUGAGAGCCUGCAGGGCCGCAGCAAGCAGGAGCUGGUGCAAGACUACCUGGAUCUGGAGCGGAGGCUGUCGCAGGCCGAGGAGGAGACACGGAGGCUGCAGCAGCUGCAGGAGCGCCGCGGCCGGCAGCCUGGUCGCCACGUGGAGGAGCUGACUGCCGAGGUAGAGAGGCUCCAGACGGAGAACCAGCGGCUUCGGCAGGAGAACGAGAUGUGGAACCGAGAAGGCAGCCGAGGCAGUGGGGAGCUGGGCACCUAGGGAUGCCCCCCAGUCGUGUCGACCCAAGGAGACAGUCCCAUUUCACAUACACUCAGGCCAGCUGGGUCUCACGGAGGCAGGCAGCAGAUGAGAACCGCUCUCAACAACCCUGUGCCUCAUGAGAACAGCUCAAAUAGUUCAGAUGUCCACCUUGUCAUUUCCGCAGUUUGUUCUUUGAUGUCAUCUUAUGUUUCAUGAAGAAAUUAAAUGGUU